UGUAGGGGCAAUUGAAAACGGACACACCCGCAACAAAAGACAAGCACUAACGUCUACCGGUGUUUUGGAUGUAUCGCUACAGCCCACAGCGACGCCUACUCGGUUAUCCCUACUACAACAGUCGACAGAUUACCUGCCCGCGUUGCUACGUCAUUCCAACACAAGUGACUCGGAUAACAACGCUUCGCCCGACACCCGCGUCGUCACCACUAUAUUCGUCACCGGGUCGUCGUACGACGCGACGUAUAUCGAAUACAUCUCCCCAGAUGAAGCUGCACUUCUAGUUGAAGGGAAACCCCCGAGGUGGGCGAACGAACAGUUGGACGAAUCGGGAAAACCCGUUGUAAAAAUAGGUGUGAUUCUCCCCGGCAUAACGCCCGCUAACCUCCCUUUCAAUUUAAACCGAAGCCGCGCCGCCAUCGAACUUGCGGCCAUGAGCCUCAUCCGGCCCGAGGGUCAACUCCCGGGGUACAAAGUCCAGAUCGUCUACAUGAACUCCAACUGCUCCGAGACGAUGGGUCCCCUGAAGGGCAUCGAGAUGUUCAUCGACAAGUUGGCCCACGUUUUUCUGGGGCCGUGCUGCGACUUCGCCCUCGCACCGCUGGCGAGGUUCACGGUACACUGGGAACGGAAAAUCCCGAUUAUAACUGCUGGUGGACUUGUCGGCGCUUUUUCCAAGAAAUCGGAGUUUUCUCUCCUGACCCGUGUCCAGGCCGACUACAAAUGUCUUGGUAAAGUCGUGGUCAACAUGAUACAGAAUUUUGGCUGGGAGUCGGUUGGAAUUGUUUUUCAUGACACGAAGGCUGACGCCAGUACCAACACAUCCAUCUGCGCCUUCACGGUGGAGCCCUUCUAUAUGGAUAUGAAAGCCGAGGACAAGACGCCCUGGUUCAUCUCGUUCGAUGAAAGCACCAUGACGGACGAAAGGUACGACGCGCUUCUGCGAGCGAUUGAAAGAAACACAAGAAUUGUGGUGAUGUGUGCCUCCCCCAACACCGUGAGGAACAUCAUGAUCAAGGCACACGAGCUCAACUUCGACAACGGCGAGUACGUCUUCUUCAACGUUGACCUCUUCAGCAGCAAGGUGGCGAGCGAGAAGCCUUGGUACCGUGCCUCCGACACCGAGGAGAGGAACAACAAGGCACUGAAGGCCUACGAGAGCCUGAUGACCGUCACGUUGAGGCUACCCACCACCGCCGAGUACCGGCACUUCUCUAAUGAGGUCAAGGCCAGGACCAUGGAGAUGUACCCGAAUUUUACCUACGGGGAGGAUGAGGUGAAUUCCUUUGUCGGUGCCUUCCAUGACGCUGUGCUCUUAUACGCUAUGGCCCUCAAUGAGACUCUGGCUGAGAACGGUUCUAUAACGGACGGCAUCGCCAUCACCAACCGGAUGUGGAACCGGACAUUUACAGGUAUUACAGGAAAUGUCAGUAUCGAUGCCAACGGAGAUCGAAAUGCCGACUAUUCACUGCUUGACCUCAAUCCAGAAACACACAAGUUUGAGGUUGUCGCCCAUUAUUUUGGGAAACAGAAGAAAUAUGAACCAGUGCCAAACAAAACAAUUCACUGGGCUGGAGGCAGGCUGACCCCGCCCCCUGACACGCCCAAAUGCGGGUUUGACGGGUCUAAAUGUCCACCUGAAGAGCCUUUUCCUGAGUAUGGUAUCGUCAUCAUCGUUCUUGGAUCGAUACUACUAAUUGUUCUCAUAGCUGUAUUCUUUAUAUACAGACACAUUAAGCUGGAGGCGGAGCUUGCAGAAAUGAACUGGAGGGUCAGGUGGGACGACAUUCUGUUUGGGGCGCCAGAGAAGAACAAAAAGUUGGAGAGACAGGGCAGUCGGCUUAGUCUCAGGAAAAGUUCCUUGCCAAGUGCGUGUUCAGGUGAUACAAUAGCCGUCCACCUCAAUGAUGCCAGCAAUCGGCAGUUGUUUACUAGAACUGGAUAUUACAAGGGAGCCAUCAUUGCAAUUAAACCUAGCACAAGACCAAAUAUUACUAUCACUAAACCUUUGUUAUUGGAAAUUAAACGAAUGAAAGAUCUACAAAAUGAUCACAUAGUCAGGUUUAUAGGAGCUUGUAUAGAUUUCCCAAAUGCAUGUAUUCUAACAGAAUAUUGCCCUAAAGGAAGUCUACAGGAUGUUUUGGAAAAUGAACAAAUAAAAUUGGAUUGGAUGUUCCGCUACUCAAUAAUGCAAGACAUUGUUAGGGGUAUGGCCUACCUACAAGGGACUGAGGUGCGCAGUCACGGUUAUUUAAAGAGCACCAACUGCGUAGUUGACAGCAGAUUUGUCGGUAUGGCCUACCUACAAGGGACUGAGGUGCGCAGUCACGGUUAUUUAAAGAGCACCAACUGCGUAGUUGACAGCAGAUUUGUCGUCAAAAUCACAGACUUUGGUCUCCAUCACUUGCGGGGGCUAGAGAGAAAUAACGAGGAGGAGGAUCACAGUUACAGCUACUUCCAUAAUAAAUUAUGGACGGCACCUGAACUGUUACGCAUGGCCUACAGGCCACCAGAGGGUACCAUCAAGGGAGAUGUUUACAGUUUUGCCAUCAUCUGUCAGGAGAUUGUCUACAGAAAUGGCGUCUACUUUCUACAGAAUCUAGACCUGUCUCCGCAAGAAAUUUAUCAGAAGGUAAAGUUGGGCCUAAAGCCAUACUUUAGACCAACACUUGAAGAAUAUGACUGUCCAUGUGAUGAACUGGCUGGUGUCAUACGACGGUGCUGGGCAGAAGACCCAGCAGACAGGCCAGAUUUCCAAGCUCUGAAAUCUAUUAUUAGAAAGCUAAAUAGGGAGGGUGACAAGGGUAACAUCCUAGACAACCUUCUCUCCCGUAUGGAGCAGUACGCCAACAACUUGGAGGCCCUGGUAGAGGAGAGGACAGCAGAUUAUCUACAGCAGAAGAAGAAAGCAGAGGAUCUCUUGUACAACAUGCUGCCCAAGAAAGUGGCGUCGCAGCUAAUUCGUGGUGAAUCAGUGACAGCCGAGUGGUAUGACAGUGUCUCUAUUUACUUCAGUGACAUCUGUGGGUUCACUGCCUUGUCAGCAGAGAGUACUCCUAUGGAGGUUGUAGAUUUGCUCAAUGAUCUGUACACAACUUUUGAUUCCAUUAUUGAAAACUUUGAUGUCUACAAGGUUGAGACAAUAGGAGACGCCUACAUGGUUGUGUCUGGCCUGCCAGAUCGUAAUGGGAUUUUACAUGCACGUGAGAUAGCCAGGAUGAGCUUGUCUUUGUUGAAAGCGACCUUGACAUUUAGAAUUAGGCACCGGCCCAAUGACAGGCUGAAGAUAAGAAUUGGAAUUCACACAGGUUCAGUCUGUGCCGGAGUUGUUGGCCUUAAAAUGCCUCGCUAUUGUCUCUUUGGUGAUACUGUCAAUACAGCAUCAAGAAUGGAGUCCAAUGGUCUACCUCUAAAGAUCCAUGUCAGCCCACAGUGUAAAGAAGUUUUAGACACAUUUGCUACAUUUGACCUGGAGCUCAGGGGAAAUGUGGAGAUGAAGGGUAAAGGCUCAGUCAAAACCUACUGGCUACUGGGUGAAAAGAACACAAGUGACAGCCCCGGUGUUAGCCUGAAUAUUUUGUGAUAUUUGUAAAGUUCCAAUACUUUGUUUUUUAUUGUUCCAUUGUAAAUGAAAGAACAUUUUUUAAAUAACUUGUAAAUGUAUUAUACAUAUUUUCUAACAUGCAUGUUAAUUGUCAGUUUUCUUUUUCUUUUUUAAUUUGUAAUUCAACAGUAAGAUAUAAUUAAAUUAACUACAACGCAAGGAAAUGCUCUUUGCCUUUUUCUAAAUUAAUGAAUUAAAUCUUGAGAGACCACAAUAACCAGUAGCUCUGUCUGUGGUUUCCAAUGAUGUUUUUCAAUGCUACUCCAAGCAAAUCCAAAAUAUAUAUUUAUCUCUACUUAAACAAGUACCCCUAUAACCAUAUCAGCAUUCAGGGGAAGUAACUCCCCCUUUGCAGCUGACCAUGUCAAACAAGUUAUGUAUUUUGGUUAAAUCUGAGGUUAACAAGAACAUGUAAUGGUUUUUUAUUGCUCUUU